AUGAGUGGCUUCUUUUCGAGACUAUGGAGCGGCACUGGCAACGCCCUGCCGCCGGUCGGCCAGGAAGCUGGCGCGCCUGGUGUGGCGGGAGAGUCCAAUAGGCACGCGUUCCCGCUCCCUGAGGGCAUGUCCCUCUCGCAGUGGCUACAGAACGUCCGUGCAAACCCGUUACUGGACCACCGCACCACCGAAGCUAUACCUGGUACUGCGGACGUUGUCAUCAUAGGCUCUGGGAUGUCUGGUGCAGUCACUGCUCUGAAGCUCCUGGAGAGUGCGGAUCCGCCUCGUAGCAUCGUAAUGCUGGAGGCGCGGGAACUCUGCUCCGGUGCCACUGGAAGGAACGCUGGGCACUGUAAACCCGACCAGUGGAGAGGAUACUCGAACUACGCGAAGAAGUUCGGCGCUGAACAGGCACUGAAAAUCCUUGACAAUGAGCAAGCUACCUGGGAGGCUGUGGUCGCAUAUGUGCGCGAACACAACGUCGACUGCGACCUCUGGGUCGGCAAGACCCUUGACGUGACUACUACGGACGAGGUCGCCGCGAAGUCCGCGGCCACCUUCGAGGCAUUCAAGGCUGCGGGCGGUAACAUCGACAAGAUUGAAGUGAUCACUGAUAGAGGAGAAGCCGUCAAGCGCUCUCGUAUCAAGAACGCUGUUUCCGUUUAUGCCUGGGAUGCAGCGACGUUCUACCCAUGGAAGGUCGUUGCCCAUAUCAUCAAGACCUGCCUAGCCCGCGGACUCAACUUGCAAACAUGGACGCCUGCUGAAUCGAUUGAGGCGAGCACUGACCCUCGCAAGGCGGGGCAGUGGGUCGUGAAAACAAAACGCGGUUCCAUUACAACACCCAUUGUUGUGCAUGCCACAAACGCCUACUCCCCAGCGCUCUUACCGGAGUUCGCCGCUGCCGUCCAGCCGCGGCCUCACAUGUGCAAUCGCGCUGUACCUCCCAAGGCGCUAUCUGGUUCAAAGGCUCUGCAGAACUCAUACGGCGUCCUCCUGCCUAACGGCGCGAUCUUCUCCAUCAACCCCCGCAGCACGGCCGACGGCGUCAUCCUCUUCGGCGGCGACAACCCCGGCUAUAAGGACUUGUACAAGUACGUCGCCGAGGACCCCGUUAGGCGCACCGACGAUUCGUUGUCAAACUUUGAGCCCGUGACGGCCGAAGUUCGCAACUUCGCGGAGAAUAACUUCGAAGGAUGGCGGGGCACGUUUGCGCCAGGUGAAGGAUACGACUACGCUUGGAGUGGUAUCCUCGGCAAUACUACGGACGGUUUGCCUUACGUGGGCGCUGUGCCUGGUAAACCCGGCCAGUGGAUGUGCGCUGGACAUAACGGUCAUGGAAUGGCCCGAAUCUUCACGUGCGCGCCAGGUCUUGUUAAGCUCAUACAAGGGGGCUCGUGGGCUGAUACGGAUUUACCGGAGGUCUUUGAGAUCACUCCCGAGCGAUUGGAGAAGGUUACCAAGCGCACAUGA